AUGCCUUACAGAACUACACGACUUUUGCAGAGUCUUCUAUAUGAAGGUGUUUCUACAGUUCCUCUGAAUGCUCUUCCGGAUUUUAGCCCUGUCCAUAUUGGACUUUCACCAACCACGAGAGGAGUUGGCGAUAUUAAGGUGAAUAGCUAUUUUAAGACAAAGAGAGAGUUGAUGUUGAGGAUGAAGAAAUGGGCUUUAGAGUGGAAGUUUGAGUACAAGACUGUCUCUUCUAACAAGUCAAGAGUGCUUUUGAGUUGUGUUGAUGAAAAUUACACGUGGAGGAUGCGUGCUACCAAGCUACCUCUUUCAGAUUUUUUCGUUGUUAAAAAGUAUGUUCAUGAGCAUACAUGCGAUACAACACACAGGAAAGCCAACCACAGACAAGCAUCUGCAAAGUUGUUGGGUUCUUUGAUUUGCAGCAAUUAUGGAGAAAAAAAGGAAGGUCUCAAACCGAAACAGAUCAUUGAACAGGUCAGGAUGCUGCAUGAAACAAACCCUGGUUCCUUGACUUAUCAACAUGUGGAUGCUGCAGGAAAGUUCAAGUAUGCAUUUGUGGCUUUUGGUCCUUCGAUAAGGGGAUUCUCAUUGAUGAGGAGAGUUAUUGCAGUAGAUGGUACAUUUCUGAAGGGAAAAUUCAAUGGGACUUUAUUGGCAGCUUGUGCUCAAGAUGGGAAUUAUCAUCUAUAUCCUCUCGCCUUUGCAGUGGUUGACGCAGAAAAUGGCGCCUCUUGGAAAUGGUUCUUUAGAGGUUUGAGCCAGAAGAUCCCGGACGCUUCGGAUCUUGUUUUUGUAUCAGACAGGGCUAACUCCAUUUCUUCAGCGUUGGAGGAUGUAUAUCCCUUAUCUCACCAUGGAAUUUGCAGGAUCCAUCUGCUCCGCAACAUCACUCCUACAUAUGUGAAGAUUGGUUUGCUACCUCUGGUGGAAAGCGCUGCUGAUGCCUAUACGUGUCACGAGUUCUGGUUAAUCUUCAAGGACAUAAAGGAUAAAUGUCCUGAAUUGGCUAAGUAUCUGGAAGAUUCUGAUUUUAGGAAGUGGGCACGAAGCUAUGCGCCUGCGAACAGGUAUAAUAUCAUGACUACCAACAUUGCAGAGUCUCUCAAUUCUAUGUUGAGGAUGCCUCGUGAGUUGCCCAUUAUCUCUCUCCUUGAAACUAUCAGAUUGACGAUGACCACUUGGUUUUUUGAGCGACGCGAAGCGGCUGCGAAACAUAAGCACCUAGUUACUCCAAAAGUUGUGCAGAAAUUGGUAUCUAGGUUAGGGGCCGCAAUGUUGUUGAAUGUGUAUCAAGUUGAUCGAAGCGAGUUUGAGGUGAAGAAUGAAACAAUGAAGUUUGUUGUUGACUUGGAGAAGCGGCAUUGCACAUAUAAUGUUUUCGACAUUGACAAGAUCCCCUGCAUCCAUGCCAUCGCUGCUGCUAAGCAUAUCAAGAGAGAUGAAAACCUUUUUGUUGAUGCUUCUCACUUGACAGAAACCUGGGCUAAAGCUUAUGCUGAAAGCAUACAUCCUGGUGGAGAGUUGUCAACGUCCACCUAUCCAGAGAAUAUUGAUGAACUGUCUUGCCCACCUCCAGCUACCAAAAAGAAAAGUGGACGCCCUCCUACAAAGAGAAAGAGAUCCGUUGGCGAGUUUGGGGUUCCUGGAUCUAAAUCUCAGUCCCACAAGUGCAGCAGAUGUGGCACAGGAGGGCACAACAAGAGCACAUGCGAGAGGCCUAUAGGAUGA